ACCACAGAGAUAUAUAACCUCCCAUUUUAGCCUCAAUACUUACCCAGAAAACAUAUCACCUCUCUUCGCAGCCAUCAUGUCAAGCGUCGUCUCAGCUUUGGUAAACAAGUUGAUGAAUGAGGAAGACUCUAACCCAAAUGGUGAAUUUAGUGAUGGUGAGAAAGGAACCUUGAAUUCGAAAAAGAGAUCCAUAAAUGACAUGUCUCAAUCUAUUUGCCUUUUCAAGAAAUACCUGCUCACUAGGGGUCGAAGUAACAUCAGAAGAGCAGACAGACAAGAAUGUGAACCCUCGUUUCAAAGAGAAGCUUCUUCCUUAGAGCAAAAGCUCCUUCCACAAAUGAGCUCAAGGUGUGAUGGAGUGCCUUCACCUCUGUCAGAAGAUAGGUUUUCAACAGCACAGCUUACGAUAUUUUAUGGAGGUGAUAUAAAUGUUUACGAUAACAUUCCUGUUGACAAGGCUCAAGCUAUCAUGCUACUAGCUAGCGAGAGCUCAUUAUCAAAUAUCGCGGCAACAGAAAUUCCAAAAAAGCAUAUGGAAGCACCAUCUUAUCGAUCUAAUGUGACACCGAUAAACAAACCCAAAAUAGGGAUUCCGAUGGCAAGAAGGUAUUCUCUCCAAUGUUUCCUCAAAAAACGUCGAAACCGGAUACUUGAAAAAUCACCUUAUGCGUCUCCUAGCAAUAGCUCAAGUUUAAGGAAAAUGGCUGACGUGGCAUUAAAUGAAGCCCCGUAUCCUAGUCAUUCAGUUUCUCUUUCGCCUUUUCCUUCACGUUUAGGUUUCUGUUCGUCUCUCAGUUGAUAUUUGAGAGGGCCGGGAGGCCCUAAACUAAAGUUCCAACAUGCAAGGACAAAUAUGUCUAUGUCAAUUU